GGUCAUGGGUCGCGCCCCGCCCCCCACGCGGAAGCAUCAUGGCGUCUCCGAGAUGGCUUCACGCCGCCGCGCGCAUACGGGGUCGGCUGUUCGUGGGCGCAGCCCGGCGGAGCAGCAGCAGCGGCCCGGAGGAUGCGCCAGGCGGCUCCGGACCCGCACAGACGCCAGAGGAGAAGCCAAGUAGCGUCACCAGCGCCUUUUUUCCUUUGAGCAGUGAAGUGCAUUCAGAGAAUUUGGAGUCCUUUGCAUCCAUGUUGAGACAUUCUCCUUUAUUUCAGAUGGGACCUGCCAAAGGCAAGAUCGUUAUAGGUGAAAUUUUCCAUGUUAUGGAAAAUGAUCUUUAUAUAGAUUUUGGUGGCAAGUUUCACUGCGUGUGCAGAAGACCAGUAGCAGAUGCAGAAAAAUAUAAAAAAGGAACCAAAGUGCGUCUGAGACUGGUGGACCUUGAACUCACAUCUAGAUUCUUGGGAGGAAAAACAGAUACAACUAUACUGGAGGCUGAUGCAGUGCUACUAGGGCUUGAAGAAGGCAAACAAACAGAGCAGAACUAGUAAGGACAUGUACAUAAAUAAAUGAAUAAAUGUUAUAUGCUUUGUUUGUGCAAAUGUGUACAAACUACAAAAAUUCUUCCUUCAUGGUUAUGUAAAUGGUAAGAGAAAUUUAAUAAAAGGUAACAAUCCUGGCA